GUACUAAUUUUUCGCGCAGUCAACUGUUCACUCACAAAUAAAUAAUUCCAUUUUAGUUGUAAUAUAAAGCAGGCAUAUAGAAAUAUGUAAAUACAAUCACAUUAUAAAUCUUAUCAGGAAUUAUUAAGAAUAAAAUUACAAAAUCUCAUUGCUCGAUUCCAGAAUUAUAAUCGAGGCAGUAUAUUCAAUUAAAAGGUUUUUAAGCUUUAGAAACUCUUUUGGAUUAUAUAUAAACAAAAGGUUUUUUGAAUCAAGAGCCAACAACAAUAGAAGGAUGGCGUUUGAAGCUGAAAAAAAAAAAUAUCUGUCAAUGUCACUGAAUGAGAGGAGACAACUUUAUAAGGGAACUCCAAAGACUAUCGAGCAAAUAUUGACAUGGCCAGAUUACUUUGAAACACAUAAAUUAACUAUGGCUAAACUUUCACCAGAAGAAAGUGUAGAAAAAGUGAGUAAAGGAUUAGCUGAUAAAAUAUCAAUUUGGGGAGGUGAUAUAUGUCAGCUGGAGGUCGAUGUAAUUGUCAAUGCCGCAAAUACGUUUCUCUGCGUAGGUGGAGGAGUUGAUGGAGCCAUUCAUAAAGCAGCAGGACCAUAUUUACAAAAAGAGUGUACAACUUUAGGUGGUUGUCGAAUUGGAGAAGCUAAAUUAACCGGGGGCUACAGAUUGCCAGCUAAAUAUGUAAUACAAACUGUGGGACCGCGAGAAGAAAUACCCGAGAAUCUACAGGACUGCUACAAAAACAGUCUUGACUUGGCACAACGCAAUGGUCUUCGUUCAAUUGCAUUUCCUUGCAUAGCAACAGGAAUAUAUGGCUAUCCACCGAAGGCCGCAGCAACGAUAGCAUUAAGCACUGUUAAAAAAUUCUUGUUAGAAAAUCCAGAUAUAAUACACCGAGUGAUAUUUUGUCUUUACAUGAAAAAUGACAUAGAUAUCUACGAAGAGCUGCUGCAAAAAUAUUAUGCACUCGAAUAAUUGGAGUCUCUUCUAAAUUCGUCUAAUUGAGCUGAUUAUGAAAUUACAGAAUUUGAAAACAAACUUAUUUGUAGUUUUAUUUUUUUUUAUACUUGUGGUACUGACGUAAUGAACUAAUAAACACCUUCUCACAUUCAA